UUUAUAAAGAAAUAGCGACAUCACAAACUGCUGGAUGUGGUUUGAAAAGCUGAAACUAAACUACAAAGAGCAGAUACAGGCCGGGGGACAACUGAGGAGGAUGGACCUCAGACGGAACUUUGGUUUGAAAAUCAAAGGAGAAGUUGUUUUAAAGGAGGAGGAGGACUCAGACUGUCUGAUUCAUCAAGAUGUACAGAAAGUGAUUGUUGGUGAAGAACAGCAGCAGGAGAGGAGCUGCAGUCUGGACCAGGACAAGGACCAGGAGGACCUAGAGCCCCCACACAUUAAAGAAGAACAGGAGGAACUCUGGAUCAGUCAGCAGGGAGAGCAGCUUCUUCCUGUCCCUGUGAAGAUUGAAGAAGAUGAAGAGAAACCUCAGUCCUCACAGCUUCAUCAAACACAAACUGAGCAGAUAAAAACAGAAACACAUUUAAAACCAGAUCCAGAUGACGAGCCUGUAGACUCUUCUGAACUUGAGACUGAUGAUAGUGCUGACUGGAAGGAGACCAGAGAACCCCAGUCAGGUCCGAACUCUCUGAAAAAGGAUUCAAGAUGUAGGGAUGAGAAACAAUUCAUCUGCUCUGAGUGUGGGAGAGGAUUCACCUAUAAGACUCAUCUGAAAUCCCACAUUAGAACUCACACAGGAGAGAAACCGUUCAGCUGCUCCGUCUGUAAGAAGUCUUUUACUCAGAGUGGAUGUUUACAGAGACACGUGAGCAUCCACACAGGAGAGAAACCGUUCAGCUGCUCCGUGUGUGAGCAAAGAUUCAGACAGAAGGAGCAGCUGACCCAACACAUGGCGGUCCAUGGAGGAGAAACACCUUUCAGCUGCUCAGUGUGUGGGAAAGGUUUUAUUCACAGGAGCCAAAUGAAGAUACACAUGAGAAGUCACACAGGAGAGAAACCGUUCAGCUGCUCCAUUUGUGGUAAAGGUUUUAAACAGAAAGGUCAGCUGAUGACACACAAGCUCAUCCACACAGAAAUCAAACAGUUCAGCUGCAGCGUCUGUAAGAAAAAGUUCAAAUGGCCUCAUCAGGUCAAGAGACAUAAAUGUGUCUGAUGAGUCCUCACAGCUUCAUCAGACUUAAACUGAGGAGAACAGAGAGAUUAUUAUUAUUAUGAGUAUUAUUAAGAUUGAGAUUUCCUUUAUCAGUCCCACAAUCAGGACAUAUCCAAUUUUUUUCAGCAGCAAAAUAACAAUAAAUAGUUAACAAGCAGUAUAAACUAGAAAUAUAAAAAAGGUAUUAGCACUUAAACAAGAAAAAAUGUUAUUAAAAAAGUAUAUAUAUAAUGUAUAAACUAUAUAUAUAUAUAUAUAUAUAUAUAUAUAUAUAUAAUGUUAUAUAUUUAAAAGAAGAUACAUUACAUUUUAUAAAUGAAUCAAUGAUAAGAAAUACAAGCGUUCAUAUUUUGGUAUAAUUAAACACUAAAGUUACAUCAUUUGUACAUUUUCUUUGAAGUUGAAGCCUGUCGGAGGAGAAGACAAACGAGUAUAUACAGGGCUGAACAGAUGUAUUAGAGCAGCAGUAUGGGGCCUCAGCUGUCCUACAUUAACAGCAUUAUUAUUUACCAGAAUCAUGUUUUAUGUUUCUGUAAUGGUUCAUACAGCAGGAUGUAGAAGGUCUUUAGCCCAAAUGAUAAUUCUAAAAUAUAAUUAUUGUUAUUGUUAUACAUGAAUUUUCACAUUUAUUGUUUUACAAAAGAACUGAAAAUAGUAAAGCAAAUUAUUUUUUCUUGAUUAAGAGUCAAAUUACAGCAGUGUUUCCCCUAAAAUUUUUUUCAGCAGCGGUGCUGCUGUGUCCGUGGCCGUGAGCAGUGUUGCCAACUCCUCGGUAAGGGAAGUAGCUAUUGGCUGUCCAAAAAGUUGCUAGAAGUCGUUUAAUGAUGUCAUCGCCUAAUUUGCAUAAUUGACCAUGUGCAUGUACUUGUAAUGGACGCUGUAGGAGAGAGGAAUAACGUUGUGGGGAAGACAAAAAGUGAGUAAAAAACACCCUAAAUAUGUUUAGAACUGCAAGUGCACUGUCACAAUUCCAACCCUCCUCCACAAUCUGACCUCGGGAUCGGCUAAAGUGACACAAAAGAGACACUGACUGUAAACCAGCCUGCAGCAACUUCGCGCAUGACCGAUUUGCAGACUGAACACUAAGGGGUUAACAUCCCCUCCAGCUCUGUGACUGCAAUGAGUCUCGGAAAGUCUCCAAUAACACCAGAAAAAGUAACUAUAUUUGUCGCUAGUCGCUUUUUUUGAAAAAUAGUCACUGGGGGGUCUGAAAAGUCACUAAAUCUAGCAACAAAGUUGCUAAGUUGGCAACACUGCCGCUCACUGCCCUAUGGAGCUACGCGGUUACGUUGGCGUUACGUUACCUGCACUACUCACUAUAUAGACCGUGUAUAAGCUUGAAUAUUACCUUUUACGUUGAUGUCCUAAGAGGGUCCGACAGGAUUUGAUGCGCUCGUUGAUGACUAAAAAAAACAAGUGGACAAUAACAUUGUGUGUUAUUGUGCUCACACAGUGCGAGUAGAAAUCAUUAGUGGCGCAUUGAUAUUAAUGAUCAUGUGAAAUUUCAGCAGCGGCGCUGAAUGAAUGUCGGGGAAACACUGUAGAGUUAUAUACAGGAAAAUGAGUUUUAAUGGUUGAAUGUUAAGUUGAUUAUUUCUGACUUGGGUUCAAAUCUGGGUUUAAAAAAGGUGAAUUCUGUUUGUUAUUUACCAAAAAAACUAACAAUAACAUUUUUAGUUUAACAAGCUUUUGAAAGAUUUCUUAAGUAUUUAUGUUUUCUCGUUUUUAUGACAGGUGGUCUGAUAAAUGUGUUAAGCACUGUAUGUAUUUUUUAAAGAAGGUUAUGGGUCAUUGAAUUGUUCUUGUAUCAGGUGUUGGCUUCUGGUUCAAACUGUCUCAUCUGAAACUUUUUGAUGUUUUAAUCUUUUUUUAAAAGCUCCUGACAUUAAGUUACAUUCAUAUGUUAGUGUCCUGUGGACACUUUGUGUAACCAACAGACUAACUUACUGUGUAAAUCCCAAGAUUGAAAUGAGGUUUUAACAAAUAUAUUGAUUACAUUUAAGCUUAUUGCUAUUUAUGUAUGGGAUUGGUGGAAACUGUUACCAGACUUUUCUCUGCUGUUUGACCUUUUGUUAGAUGUUUGAAUUCUGCUGCUUUAUUAUAAAGUGGACGAAAAGAGUGAGGAAUAACCAUUUGAGUCGAGUCGAUACGGAGGAAGUGCUCUAAAAACCUGAAGAAGAAGAAGAAGGAAAAGGGUUUAUCUCAUGUCAUCUUUGAGGAGCGAGGAGACUGACCGGACUGAUCUGAAACAUCACAACAUUGCUGCAGUUUCAUGCUGGAGAGAAGACAGAUAACAGACUGAACUCACUGAGUCACCAUAAAGUUAAACAUCUGUUAACUGUGAGUCUGAACUCCAAAAAGGACCACAAACGACUUUCUUCAUUUAUAAUAAAUGAAAAGAAAAAAAUAUA